AUGCCACCUAUUCCUCCCGCUCGAUGCCUCAGCAAGAGGGGAUAUCCUGGUGAUCAGGAAGCCCCUCAGGGUGACCCAGAAACGUGCUCUGUGUUUCAUGUCAUAUACCUCAGAGUUUAUGAAACCCAGUGUAAAUCUCACCCAAAGCCUUCAUGUGGAUACCCUCCUUCUCAAUGGUGCAGGUCUCUGGAGAUUGCCAUAGAAUGUGGGGUGCGGAAACAAUGUAUGGAACUGAACGCGACCCGGCCCGACCCAGUGGUUCCUCCUGUAGAGAUCACUCUCUAUUACGAGAGCCUGUGUCCAGGCUGCAGAGCGUUCCUUACAGAACAACUCUUCCCAACCUGGACUUUACUAAAAGAUAUAAUGAAUGUCAACCUGGUACCCUUUGGCAAUGCUAAGAAGCUCCCCGAAGAGAAUUCAUUCUCGUGUCAACAUGGAGAACCAGAGUGCUACGCUAGCAUGGUUGAGGCAUGUGUUUUACAUGCAGCCAAUCAUGCAGCAUUUCCUGUCAUUUACUGCAUGGAGUCAUCUGCAGAUGUACUAAAAUCUGCUAAGCCUUGUUUGCAGCUCUAUGCGCCAUUUGUCAAAUGGCAGACUAUAGAGUCUUGUACCAGAGGAGAACUUGGCCACAGAUUAAUGCAUCAAAAUGCAGUGAAGACGCAAGCGCUCAAACCAGCACACACUCAUGUUCCCUGGAUCACCUUCAAUGGGGAAUACACUAGUGAAUGGAAAGAUAAAGCUAUGUCUACUCUCUUCAACCUUGUAUGCAGUUUGUACAAAGGAAUCAAGCCACCAGUCUGUACUGGAGCUCUGAAAAAAUUGGACAGAAGCUUUUGCUAGUGGAAGAGAGAAGUGUUGCACAAUACAUUUGUGAUAUAUUUCAUGUUCUUUAAACUUUAGCCUAUGUUUUUGUGUG